AUGGCGUCUAUUCAUUCCCUUGAGAUAGUUAACAGUGUUUAUAAGAAUAUUAAUAUUUAUAACUUUUCCAUCUUUCAGGUUUUAGGUUCUGACCAGCAUUUUCAAUUUGUACAUCGGGCCAUUCCACAUGCACGCAAAAAGAGGAGCCUAGCCCACACAAGGAAACUUAAAGCUGAUCCUUUGGUGGCAAGAGCUUAUCAACAGACAGGAUUUAAGCGUGUGAAGAGAGGUUACAAGCAACUCCGUUUGAGGGAAGAAAUGACUCCUUUAUUAUCACAGCCAACUGAUCCUUAUUUCCCUUAUCAGUGGUAUUUGAAAAAUGUUGGCCAAAAUGGAGGAAAGCCGAAACUGGAUCUUAAUGUUGAAGCUGCCUGGGCGCAAGGUUAUACUGGAAGGAAUAUCACGACGGCUAUCAUGGAUGAUGGUGUUGAUUACAUGCAUCCUGAUCUGCAAGAUAGCUAUAACGCCAAAGCAAGUUAUGAUUUCAGUAGCAACGAUCCAUACCCGUACCCGAGGUACACCGAUGAUUGGUUCAACAGCCAUGGAACACGAUGUGCUGGCGAAGUUGCUGCAAAACGUGACAAUGGAGUAUGUGGUGUUGGUGUAGCCUAUGAAUCUAAAGUUGCAGGAAUAAGAAUGUUAGAUCAGCCAUAUAUGACAGAUCUCAUUGAAGCAAAUUCUAUGGGACAUGAACCAAAUUUAAUUGAUAUAUACAGUGCUAGCUGGGGACCUACAGAUGAUGGAAAAACAGUAGAUGGGCCUCGUAAUGCAACAAUGCGUGCUAUUGUGCGAGGAGUUAAUGAAGGCAGACAUGGUCUUGGAAAUAUAUAUGUCUGGGCAUCUGGUGAUGGUGGUGAAGAUGAUGACUGCAACUGUGAUGGUUAUGCUGCUAGCAUGUGGACAAUUUCCAUAAAUUCUGCCAUAAAUAAUGGCGAAAAUGCUCAUUAUGAUGAAUCCUGUUCUUCAACAUUAGCUUCAACAUUUAGCAAUGGAGCUAAAGAUCCACACACUGGAGUGGCUACAACAGAUUUAUAUGGCAAAUGUACGAAAACACAUUCUGGAACAUCGGCUGCAGCACCUGAAGCAGCUGGAGUAUUUGCUUUAGCUCUUGAUGCAAAUCCAAAUUUGACCUGGAGAGAUGUACAACAUCUUACUGUGCUAACAUCCAAGAGGAAUUCCCUUUAUGAUAGCAAAGGAAGGUUCCAUUGGAACAUGAAUGGUGUUGGUUUGGAAUUCAAUCAUCUAUUUGGAUUUGGAGUAUUGGAUGCAGGAGCAAUGGUUGCUUUAGCCAAAAUAUGGAAAACUGUACCUGCUAGAUACCACUGCGAAGCAGGAGUUGUCAAAACACCUCACCGAAUUUUAACCAAUGCCAGUACUCAAAUAUAUAUUGACACAGAUGCAUGUAGUGGAAAAGAAACAGAAGUAAAUUACCUGGAGCAUGUCCAGGCUAUUAUUACCUUGAAUGCAACACGCCGUGGUGAUGUUACACUUUUCCUCAUUUCACCAAUGGGCACAAGCUAUGAAGCUAGUUAUCCUACAGUAGCACUGAUAGAAAAUGAUCCUAUAACAAGAAAGAGUUGUGCUAGAUAA